GCCGGCGUGCGGACCGAGCCAUGGCGCGUCCUCCGCACCCGCGAACGCUGCCGCCCGUGCUCCUGCUCCUGCUGCUGGUACCGCUGCCGCUCGGAGCCGGUGAGUACCCCCUCCCCACCGAGGGCCGGCUGGUGAACAGCUGUAUCCAGGCCAGGAGGAAGUGCCAGGUCGAUCCUAUUUGCAAUGCUGCCUACCACCACCUGAAUUCCUGCACCUCUAGUGUAAGCACCCCAUCACCUUCACAGGAGCUUUUGGCCCCUGAGGAGUGCAGGGAGGCAGCACAGCACCUCAGGAAUAGCUCUCUGAUGAGCUGUACAUGCCACCGCCGCAUGAAGAACCAAGUUGCCUGCCUGGACAUCUAUUGGACCGUUCACCUUGCCCGCAGCCUUGGUGACUUUGAACUGGAUGUCUCCCCCUAUGAAGAUACAGUGACCAGAAAACCCUGGAAAAUGAAUCUCAGCAAACUGAACAUGCUCAAACCAGACUCAGACCUCUGCCUCAAGUUCGCCAUGCUGUGCACUCUUAAUGACAAGUGUGACCGGCUGCGCAAGGCCUAUGUGGAGGCGUGCUCGGGGUCCCGCUGCCAACGCCCCACCUGCCUCCGGCAGCUCCGUGCCUUCUUUGAGAAGGCGUCGGAGCCCCACGCUCAGGGCCUGCUCUUGUGCCCGUGCGCACCCGCCGACCAGGGCUGCGGGCAACGCAGGCACAACACCAUCGCCCCCAGCUGCGCGCUGCCGUCCGAGGCCCCCAACUGCCUGGAGCUGCGGCGCGUCUGCGUCUCCGACCCGCUGUGCAGAUCUCGCCUGGUCGAUUUUCAGACCCACUGCCAUCCUCUGGACAUCCUAGGGACCUGUGCAACAGAACAUUCCAGAUGUCUGCGAGCAUACGUGGGGCUGAUUGGGACUGCCAUGACUCCCAAUUUUGUCAGCAGUGUCAACACCAGUAUUGCCUUAAGCUGCACCUGCCGAGGCAGCGGCAACCUGCAGGAUGAGUGUGAGCAGCUGGAAGAGUCCUUCUCCCACAAUCCCUGCCUCAUGGAGGCCAUUGCAGCUAAGAUGCGUUUUCACAGCCAACUCUUCUCCCAGGACUGGGCGGACUCUACCUUUUCCGUGAUGGAACACCAGAACAAAAACCCUGCUCUGAGGCCACAGCCGUGGGUGCCGUCUCUUUUCUCCUGUACGCUUUCCUUGAUUCUGCUCCUGAGCCUCUGGUAGCUGGACUUCCCUUGGGCCCCUUUCCCCUCAACCACACCCAGUUGACCUGCAGCCUGCAAGGGCUAAGGAAAGAGCAGCAUCCAGAAGGAGUCCUGUGCGGUAAACAACAUGGCGACCCUGACUGCACCCCACAUAUCCAGCUGACUCCAGAUGGGGCCAUAGUAGAAACUGACUAGCUAAGUUCUCAUUCCCUCUGCUUCUGACUCAGGCUGCCCUUUCUUAGGACUUGGUGACUGUGGUUUAGUCAUCUUCUGGUGGAGACCACCUCUACUAAGCUCUCUUCUAAUCCCUUCCUCCUGCCCACGAGAAUCACCCAGGCUCUAACAAAUCAGCCAUUCUCUAUUGCAUUCUCCAGGUAGGCAGGGCUGGAUGUUCUGAGGCAGCCUAGAAAGACAUUCCCCAUUGUGAGGAAGGCUGGGGCAAGACUCCUACCCCCUUGUCUCCUCCUCUAAAUAGGGCAGAUGGGAACCUGCUGCCUGCCCUACCCGGGGAUCCUGCAGAGCAUUUGAGCAUCAGGAGCCAGAGCAUUUGGGUCUUGCUUUCUUCCUGCUCCUGUCCUGAAGUACCCCCAUCCCCUUGGAUCAUGAUUAAACAUUUGACUUAAAAACUUUGCUCCUUUCCCAUUUUCUCACAUUGUGAAUUUAUACAGAAUUAGGAGUGUUACAGAUACAAGAGUAGAGGCCAGGUGAGACAGCAACCCUGCCACCAAUUGCUGUGUGACUUCCAGGCAAGUUUCUCAACCUCUCUGUGUACUUGACAUGGAGCUGGAAGAACAAAUCACUUAUGGGAGGCUGUGGACCUUGUAUCUGUCCCGGAUCCAGCCAUUUCUAGGAUACUGUCUGGAUCUGCCACAGCAGCUGAGAGGGGAGUGUCCUUAGUCAACCAAAGC